AUGCAGAUGGAAGGAAAGCCCCUGGGGGAGGUUUUGGACCUGGAGACUCUUACAAAUAAAAGAGUAUGCAUCGAUGAGGUUCUUCCGCAGAACGUGGAUUUUCUUGUUAUUGACCUUUCAGAUGCCUUGGGACUUUCUAUAUUCACGUUUAGUGAAACAGCAAUGCACUACAGAAAGAUUGCAGAGAGCCACAGCAAGAAGAUCGUCGUAAGGUCGUUCUAUGACGGGGGCUAUGCACUGUCGGACAUUGUGGAUGACGUGUGGAGUGCAGCAAACAUACAUGGGAAUAAUGUAUCUGGGAAGUUUCUGGUGUAUAGAUCUGGAACCUGCAAGAAGUCUGACUGGUACGGAUGUGACGUCGUUGUCAGAGUCCAGCCAUUGGAUAGUGGGGUAUCCGCAGAUGUUGAUGGAAGGAUUCUUGUUUUCAGCCGGUCAAGAAGAUAUCCUGAGCUUAGAUACAAGGUCUUAAGAAACAAGACGGUUUAUUACACCGUCUAG